AUUGCCGAUUAUUCACUGAUUAAUCUUUACUACCUUUACACGACAGAAGCAAGAUCAAAAGCCCAGUUUUCGUCGCUGUCAGAUGAUCCGAUUUGUCCAUCUAAGGGCAGUCUAUUUGUCCCUACAAUCAAUUCAAAAUCUACCGUAUCUUCGGUUGUUACAUCGUUAGAAGCCUCAAGUAUGAUAGUGAAAACACAGAUAGAAUUCACCAUGGACGCAAUGAGAGCUAACCCAAAGAAAUACAUGGGUGUAUCCGUUGAAUCAUUUUGUUUGAUAGAAAUUUUAAUAGAUGUAACUAAUCUCACGGAACGAGAUCUUUUCUUGAUUCUUCGGAAGAUAAGACGGGACGAGCCAUAUUGGCAACUGGCCGAUUAUUUCUCGUUAUCAGUUGCGUCUGUAAGCAGAAUUAUUGCUGAAAACGUAUGCAUCGUAAGCGAGGCAAUGGAAGAGUUCAUUAUAUGGCCAGAGCAGAAUGAAAUUCAAUACAACUUACCGAAUAGUUUUAAACACAGAUAUGCGGCUGUGAACACUAUUAUUGAUUGCUUCGAAAUACAGAUCCAGAAACCAUCAAACUCUAUCCAUCAAACUUUAACGUAUUCCAAUUACAAAAAAUGCAAUACCAUAAAAUAUUUGAUUGGUUGUUUACCAGAUGGAACGAUCAAUUUUAUAUCAAAAGGAGCUGGCGGCAGAACUUCGGAUCAAGAACUUGUUAAGCGUAGUGGAUUUCUUAAUAAAAUUGAAGCAAAUACGAUGAUAAUGGCUGAUCGCGGUUUCAAACUAAUCGAAGCAGAACUCAGAACAAGAAAAUGCAUGCUGGUUAGACCUCCCAGUACAAUCGCCAGCGAAACAAUGUCAAAAAAGGACGUAAUAGAAAAUAAACGCAUCGCAAGCCUCCGAAUUCAUGUAGAACGAGCCAUUGGAAGACUGAGGGAAUUCACAAUAUUGAAACCACAUGCCACAGUUGAUGCUAAGUUAGUUGCAAAACUGGAUUUUUUUGUCACAAUAGCUUGUGGUUUGUGCAACAUUCAAGGAAAUCUUAUAAAAAAAUAA